AUGGAUUUCAAUCGAAUAGGCAACGGCGCUGUUUAUAAGCCAACAAUUCUCACUGAUGUUGUACCAACAUCAUCUGCAACCAUUGGAUAUUUAAUAAAUAAUCCUAUUGACGACUAUCCAACAUCGUCUGCUCAAGAUAGUGGUUGCUAUUCGUCUACGGCUGAUGAAUUACAUUUAAUGUCGUCACUUGUACUCAAUUCAAAUAAUGGUGUUAAGCACCAUCGUCAUCAUCCUAAUUCAAAACAAUGUAAAUCAGCAACAGAUCAAACUGCUACUGAUAAAGAUCAAAAUAAAAAUAAGCAACAAUCGGAAAAUGAACCAUUCGAUAAAAUCGUGAUAAAUGUAAGCGGUUUACGUUUUGAAUCGCGUGCAUCAACAUUACAACGUUAUCCACAUACAUUACUUGGCGAUAGGCAACGACGUUCGCAUUAUUUUGAUCCUAUGAACAAUGAAUAUUUUUUUGAACGACAUCGCUCAUCAUUUGAAGCUGUUCUUUAUUUUUAUCAAAGUGGUGGACGAUUGGCACGGCCAGAAAAUAUUUCUGCAGAAAUUUUUUUAGAAGAAAUUAAAUUUUUUGAUCUUGGUGAAGAAGUACUUAAACGUUAUCGUAAACAGGAAGGUUAUGUAGAAGAAAUUCCUGUUGAACGACCAAUAAAUGAACUUCAACGUGCUGUUUGGGAAGUAUUUGAAUGCCCGGAAUCAUCAAAUAUAGCCAGAGUGGUUGCUAUUAUAUCAAUUGUUAUGAUUAUUGUAUCAAUAGCCUCAUUUAUUAUAGAAACACUCCCGUCCAUCCGUAAUGAUCCAUCAAUGUCACUAGAGAAUAAUGUAAAUAAUACACACCACUUUAGUUCAUUACCACCAGGCAAUGAAGGAAGACUUUUCUGGAUAUUUUUCAUUAUUGAAACAAUAUGUGUGACAUGGUUUUCUUUUGAAUUCGUAUGUCGACUUGUGGUAGCACCGUCCAAAUUCGCCUUCAUUAAAAAUGGUCCCAAUAUUAUUGACGUUGUUUCAAUAAUACCAUAUUUUAUACAAUUAAUUGGUCUAAUUUAUCAGAAAAAAGACAAUACUAUGCCAGGAUUUUCAUCGACUCUAACUGUAUUAAGGAUUGUUAGACUUGUAAGAGUAUUUCGAAUAUUUAAAUUAUCAAGACAUUUUAAGGGUCUACAAGUGCUUGCAUUGACAUUUUUAGCGUCGUGGAAAGAAUUGCUUCUCUUAAUGUUUUUUCUCUUUAUUAUUGUUAUUGUUUUUUCUUCAUUUAUGUAUUUUGUUGAAGCCGAUUAUUCAAGUACACCUCAAACAAGAACACCAAAUCAUAUUUCAUCAACAUCAAUAUCGUGUCCUCCAUCUAUAAAUUGUCAUUCAACACAUGAUCAAAAUUUUGCCGCAACACAAGCGAAUAGUCAGUUUGCCUCUAUUCCUGACUCAUUUUGGUUUGCUAUAAUAACAAUGACUACUGUUGGCUAUGGUGAUUAUGUUCCACGUACAACGUUAGGCAAAGUUAUUGGUGCAGCUUGUGCUAUAACAGGUGUAUUAACAAUAGCAUUACCUGUACCUAUAAUUGUAUCCAAUUUUACAUAUUUUUAUCAACGUCAAAUGGAAGAUAAUGAACGACAAUAUCAAGCAAGACAAAAGGCACAGGCAGCAAGUCAAUUAGCUUUAGAAAAACGUCAGUUGUAUUCAUUAAAUGAUAAAGAUCAUGGACCCGAAUAUAACGAAUGGGAAACAACAUUGAAUGAACCUGAUUAUUCAGAUUAUCGAGAAAUCACACAUGCUGUUACAAAAAAAUUAGUUCAUAAUGUUUAUUUUAAAGCAUUUCGUGGAGCAAAAAGAAUUACACCAACGAUGCAUUAUCAAAGUUUACCACCAUCGACAACACCCUAUCAAAUAACACAUAGAAUUUAUCAAAUGGCUGACGACAAAAAUGACAUGGAUCUUAUGAAUUGA